UUUGGAAAAAGAAAAAUUUGGUGAUUGGAGAUGAUGGGUUCAGGUACCAAUUUGGUUACCACGGUCAUUGGGUUUGGGAUGAGUGCCACUUUCAUUGUGUUUGUGUGCACAAGAAUCAUUUGUGGGAGGAUCAAAGGGAGUGUUGAAUCUCGCAUGAUGUAUGAGAUUGAAUCCAGGAUUGACAUAGAACAGCCAGAACAUCAUGCUAAUGACCCUGAAUCCGAGCCUGUUAUGCUUGAUGCAAUCCCCACUUUGAAGUUCAACCAAGAGGCCUUCAAUGCCAUUGAAGAUACACAGUUGGUCAUAUGUUUGGCAGAUUACAGAGAAAGAGAAGUGUUACGCAUCAUGCCAAAAUACGGUCACACAUUUCAUCUUUCUUGCAUUGACAUAUGGCUGAGGAAACAAUCCACUUUCCCGGUAUGCCGUCUGCCGUUGAAAAACUCAUCCGAGGUGAAACAUGUUAGAGCUGCUACAUUUACCAUGAGCCAGCCUCUUGAUGAGUCGCACAAGAACCGACCGAUAUCAAUGUUAUUGUUGAUCCUUAUGUUGGUUCAGAGAGUGGGAGGUUGUAACACAAGAACUGAUUUUUAG